UUAUUAAUAUAUAAAAAAUAUUAAAAAAAAUUUCCUUUCAGAAACAAAAUUUUUCAUUUUAAUUUUAUUAAACGAUCUGAAAAAUACGACAGGGAAUAAACAUAAAUCGUUGAUGACAUACUUCGUAAGCCAAAGAGGGACCAAGAAUACCCCUUAUUUUCUACACUUUCUCGUAGACAGGAAUUGCCAGAGAAUUGUCUGACUAUUAUUCUCUCUUUCUCUUUCUCUCUCUCUUUCUCUCUAUCUCUCUCUUUUUCUUCACUCUUUCCAAUGCUCUCGAGUUUUCCCUCGUGACUCUUAUCCGUGAUGUCGUAAAGGUCACCUCAUUGUGACGAAUCGACCAAUGCACAUGUCGGACAUAAAAUAAGUGUUUGCCCUUUUUCUUAAAAUUGGACGAGUAAUUUUUUUCUUGCUGAUCGAAGAAGAAAAGAUAUCUUCUCUUGCUUUUUGUUUUAUGAAAAUAGACAUUUCAUUUAAAAAAAAAAAAAAAAGAAAAAAGAAAAAGAAAAAAGAAAGAAAAAGCGACAAUGAAUGAACAGAAACUAUGAUCGAAAUUGAAUGAAUUUUUAUCCAAGAAGCAUUGAUCGAUUCGAUGUCAAUAUUAUUAAAAAAACAAAACAAAAAAAAAAGAAUUGUCUAACAAAUAUGUUCACAUUUUUCUCGUCGUCAUUAAUUUUUAGAAAAUUUUUGUGAUUAUUGCUUUCUGUAAAAAAAAGAAAAAAAAAAACAAAAACAAAAACAAAAGAAAAAUUAUAAACUGUGAUCGAAAAUUGAACGAAAUAUUUCGACAUUUCGAUUGAUUCGAGAUCAAUGUUUAAUUUCGCUAAAACAAUGAAAAAAGAAAGAAAGAAAGAAAAAACAAAAGCAAACAAAAAAGAAAGUAAAUAAUAGCCCAAGUUCACGUUUGUGUCGUUCUUGUUAACUUUAGAAAACGUUCGAGGGGGAAAAAAAGGAAAAGGGAAAAAGAAGAGGAAAAAGAAGAAGAAGAAGAAGAGGAGGAGAAAAAAAGAAAGAAAAAGGAAAAAGAGAAGUGAGAUAGUGAGAAAAGAAAAAAAGGGGGGAAAAAGGAAGAAGAGGACAAAAGGAAAAAAGAAAAAGGAACGUAUAAAAGAAGACUAAAGUAGUGAAAGACAUGUGCAAUGGGUAAAGUUCAAAGAUCGAAGGGACGGUACGAAGGGCAAGGACGGGCAAGUUACAGAAGUCAGGAUUGCCAGGGAACAUCAAAAGGAUGAUACUUUAUUUCUUUCGACGAGAACGGUCUUCUCUCGAUCGAUCGAUCGUAAGGCCCCCACGUUUCGUUCGUUUAAACGUUCAUCCCCUUUACACCCUUUCAUCCCUCCCUUUCACCUCCCCCCACCCCAUUCCACCCAAACCCAUAUACUCAUAUUCUCCUUACCAGUGAUGUAAAAAGAGCCAAGCCAAUUAGGAGCAAAGUAUCUCGAGACGUGAACGAAAAGGUGCGAAAAGGGAACAAAAAGGGAACACUCCUAGAGAAAAGUCCAUUCGGAUAGAGGAAAAAGGGACAGAGAGAGAGAGAGAGAAAGAGAGAGAGAGAAAGAGAGGAAGAAAAAGGAAAAAAAGGGAAAAAGGAAAAAAAAAAAGGAAAAAGACAUAAAAGGUGGGAUCGUUUGAAGAAAUGGCCGCUGUUUCAGUAUUUAUGCUCAGCGGUGGCAAUGAUAGGAGCAAAUUUAAGGUUCGGUAUCGGCGCGUCCGGAAACGUAACAUCCAACGCCACCAAAGUGUUUCAGUGUCAUCCCGGUGGUGUUGCUGAAGCAACCGUUAUAUUCAGUCUUGGUGCCCUUGGAAUGGGUGCUAAUAUCAUACUCAUGUCAUUGAUAUUAGCGAAACGACAAUUGCGAAGAUGGUCUCAGGGCUUAUUAUUUCAUCAAGCCAUGGUGGAUUGUGCAAGAGCUGCAAUUUUAUUACCCUUGGGCUCAAGUAUUUUGAAUUGUCAGCCAGUUAACAAAUGCUCUCUAGUUGAAACAGCUUUCUUACUGCUUGUAACAGUUUCAACAGUGAAUAUGCUUACAACUGUGUUAAAUGAUAGUCCUGUAUUCCCUGAGAGCGAUGAGGAAGCUGAAUUAACUGCUCCUUUACUUAUGGACUCACCGCAGUGCGUAUUAUUUGGUACCUUUAUGAUAUGGUUCGCUAGCAUAACCAUAAAUCUUGGUCCGACGUUUCUAAGCGGUGCACUGGCAGCCAACACGGAAAGUGGACACAAUGCACCGAGCUGUCCACUGGUGCAUGGUCCCUUUCGUCACUACAUUCUCAACGUUCUUUGGAUCGUCAUAAAUAUAAUCUGUGUCGCACUAACACUAUUUCACUUACGAAAACUACACAGAGACUUGACAAAAGCUAAUGUAGAAGCGGUUCGUGUAGCUGGUCUUGUUACUACAUUGGUCAACGUCACUGGUGCUCACCAAAGAGGAUCGAGUACCGUUCCUUGUGAAGAUGACACGAACGAUGCUCGAACUCCAGUGACACCAAAAAGAAGCAAUGCUCUCGAGGAGCACAGAAAAAUGAGAAAUUAUUUGAGAAGAAUGGAAAGGGAGGGUGUUCAAAGGGUAAAAAUGUUCCUGGUUAUUACUGCAGCGUACGUGAUAUUUUGGGGACCACUAUUUUUCGUCACGCUAGUGCAUCAUCCUAUCAUAGGAAACGCGAUUGGUUAUGAGGUCACUUUGCACAUAGCUUAUGUGCAUGCCUUCGUCAAUCCAGCCCUAUUUUUGACUUUACAUCGAGGUCUUAGACAAGGAAUGUCAGAUGUCUGUUGUACCUGUUGCGAGAGCAUAGCUCGGUGGAUUUUAGGUACUACGGCAAAUAAUACUAUCCAAAGUGUACAACCACCAAGAUAUGAGCCGCCAUUGAACGUACCAUCUCCACCGGAUCCACCCUUAGUACAACCUAUAUCAACAGCUGCUUGUGAUCUCACUGAUGUUGCACUUUUGAAACCACCUUUACCACCUAACGCUAAACAUCUAGUCGUUGAGGAUCAAGUACCACCAGACCCGUGGAGUCUAAUUUCAAGACCGAAAAGUACGUCAAGUCUUUACGAGGAAGAAUUGUCAAGAAGACCUAGUCUUUUAUUACCACCACCGCCACAACUGAAUGAUUUACAAAUGACGAUGAGUCCUACUAGCAGCGAUCUACCCAGUGAAUGAAUACCUUCGAACUAUUAUAUCGGAUUUAUCAUACGUGUACAAAAAAAAAAGAAAAAAAAAAGAAAAAAAAAAGAAAAAAAAAAAGUAAUCUCGUC